AUGGUCCGGGAGAGGCUGAAAAAUGAGGUGCAGAAGAUGCAGGGGGAGUUCUUGGGGUUCAGACCUGGUCUGGUGGUUUUACAGGUUGGUGACAGAGACGACUCCAACCUCUACAUUAGCAUGAAGCUAAAGGCUGCAGCUGAGAUUGGAAUCAAUGCGAACCAUGUCCGGCUGCCAAAGAGCACUACGGAAGACGAGGUCCUGAGCAUCAUCACCUCCAUUAACGAGAACCUGUCUGUCCACGGUCUAAUAGUCCAGCUGCCUCUGGACUCGCUGCAGCCAAUCAACAGCGAGCGCGUCACCAACGCUGUCGCCCCCCACAAAGACGUGGACGGUCUAACCAGUGUAAAUGCAGGGAAGCUGUCUCGUGGAGACAUGGGUGACUGUUUUAUUCCCUGUACUCCUAACGGCUGCAUGGAGCUGAUCAGGCAGACAGGCGUGUCCGUGGCCGGUAAACAUGCGGUAGUGAUAGGUCGCAGUAAGAUUGUCGGAGCUCCGAUGCACGACCUCCUGCUGUGGAACCACGCCACGGUGACCACCUGUCACUCAAAAACAAGAGACCUCCCCACACAGGUGGGUCGGGCGGACAUCUUGGUGGUUGGGGCUGGCCGGGCGGAGAUGGUGAGAGGAGAGUGGGUGAAGGAGGGAGCCGUGGUCAUCGACUGUGGUAUCAACCACCUGCCAGAUGAGACGAGGGCGGGGGGAAAGCGGGUGGUGGGAGAUGUCCACUACCCGUCGGCCCAGCAGAGGGCAGCCUUCAUCACCCCCGUGCCUGGAGGGGUGGGGCCCAUGACAGUCGCCAUGCUGAUGGAGAACACAGUUCAGAGUGCAUGGAGGCUUUUGAAGAAACGGACCAGCAGGUGAAACACCAGCUACACCCGACAAACUCCUAAAGACACCCACACCAAGAGAGCUUGACACCAACCAAUGAGACAUGCAGGCAGGGAACAUCUGGAUCAUGACAACACAGGCAGGGAACAUCUGGAUCAUGACAACACAGGCAGAGAACAUCUGGAUCAUGACAACACAGGCAGAGAACAUCUGGAUCAUGACAACACAGGCAGAGAACAUCUGGAUCACGACAAAGAACAUCGAGUAUAAUUUGUGCUUCUGCUCAGUCCCUCAGUUCGCUUGUUGCUUUUAACACCUGUAACAUGGAGCUAUGUGACAAUAAAGCCUGACGGUGUG